AUGCCACGUGCGCCAGUAAAUCACAGCAAGACUUACAAGGUCCCACGUCGUCCAUUCGAAUCAGCCCGUUUGGACGCUGAGUUAAAGCUCGCUGGUGAAUACGGUCUCCGUAACAAGCGUGAAAUCUGGCGUAUCGCUUUCACCUUGUCAAAGAUCCGUAGAGCUGCCCGUGAGCUCCUCAAGCUCGAUGAGAAGGAACCAAAGCGUCUUUUCGAAGGUAACGCAUUGAUCAGACGUCUUGUGCGUAUUGGUGUACUUGACGAAUCAAGAAUGCGUCUCGAUUACGUAUUGGCUCUCAAGAUUGAAGAUUUCUUGGAACGUCGUCUUCAGACUCAGGUCUUCAAGAGCGGUCUUGCCAAGUCGAUCCACCACGCUCGUGUGCUCAUUGUUCAACGUCACAUCCGCGUUGGUAAGCAGAUCGUCAACGUCCCUUCGUUCACUGUGAGACUCGACUCCCAAAAGCACAUUGACUUCUCUCAAACCUCUCCAUACGGUGGCGCUCGCCCUGGUCGCGUUAAGCGUAAGCGCGCCCGUGCCUCUGCUGCUGCUGAAGGCGGUGACGGUGAGGCUGAAGAGGACGACGAGUAA